CCCGUGCACCCCUCCGGUCUCCGUUCUAGCCCCUUAGGACCUAGGCGACAAUGUCGCGCCCCGCCCUCUAGCUCCCAGCUGGGGACCUGGAGCUUGGCUGCCCUGAGCCGCAAUCCGAGGGACACUUAGCGCCAGGCAGGGUCAGACACUAGGACGCAGAGACUCCUGGGAAGUCCCGGGGACGUGGAAGUGACUCUUCCGGGAGCUAGAAAGAUGAUCUAUUCAGAUGGGCUCCAAGAACGAGGGGCGUGACCCGCCUCGUGCCACCUUACACCUGAUAGCCGCUAAAGUGGAUGCUUGGGUGUGUUCAGUCACGUUAGUGACCUGCAGGGUCCCAGGUACAGUGUGCGGGGUCCAUUCGUGACUGUAUGCCGGUGUGCCCUGAUAGCCCUGGCUUCCGACGCAGAUUUGAAACUGAAACCAAGAGGUGGCACUUUCAAUCAUUGAGGACCCCGGGUUUCCAGACCCGCAGCAGGGCAUCUCCUGACAAGUGUGGAGGACCCCAAGUCACAGAGGGCCUCCUCUGCCACCCAGCAUGUCCCAGAGACAUUCUGACAGCUCUUUGGAUGAGAAGUUGCUGGAGUACCGCUUCCACGCAGAGCUGAGACUGGACGCCAAUGGGAACCCGGUGCCGGGGCUCCCCAUGGUCCGGAGCUCUCUGAGAGCCAGAACCAACGCUGCCUUUGAGCCCGAAGCCUCAGAACCCCUCCAGCCACCCCAGGGAGAUGAAGAGCCACAACCCACCAUCAUCCUCAGCACGCAGAGCCCCGCGGCCCUCAAGAUGGGCACCCAGCAGCUCAUCCCUAAGAGUUUGGCCGUGGCUAGCAAGGCCAAGACCAAGUCCCCAGCGCGUCACCAGAGCUUUGGGGCAGCUGUGCUCAGCAAGGAGGCCGCGCGGCGGCGGGAUCCUCGGCUCGUGGCGGCCCCCAGCUUCUCUUUGGAUGACAUGGACAUGGACACGGGUGCUGGUGCAAACCUGAAGAGAAAUCUGAGGAAUCAGUCCUACCGGGCAGCCAUGAGGGGCCCGGGGCCACCCAGCAGCAAGGCGGACUCGGUCCAGCUCGGCCCCAAGCUCCAGGCCCUCGCUGAGGAGGCCGCUCCGCCUCCUGCCCGGUGCCCGGCCAAAAACAAGAAAACUCUGGGGCGGAAACGUGCACACAAGGGCUCUUUCAAAGAUGAUCCCCGGUUAUACCAGGAGAUCCGAGAGCGAGGUCUGAACACCAGCCACGAGUCUGAUGAUGACGUGCUUGAUGAACCCUCCAGCCCCGGGGGAUCUCAGAGAGCGGACACCACCAUUGUGGUCAAGAGCUACCGGCCUGCCCAGCUCACCUGGAGCCAGCUCCCAGAGGUGCUGGAGUCAGGUGUGCUGGACACACUGUCAAUGGAGGAGCGGAAGAGGCAGGAGGCCAUCUUCGAGAUCCUCACGUCUGAGUUCUCCUAUCUGCACAGCCUGAGCAUCUUGGUGACCGAGUUCCUGCAGAACCGGGAGCUGAAGGCCACUAUGACGCAGACAGAGUACCACCACCUCUUCUCCAACAUCCUGGACGUGCUGGCCGCCAGUCAGAAGUUCUUUGAGGCCCUGGAGCAGCGGCACAAGGCGCAGGUGUGCGUGGAGGACAUCAGCGACAUCUUGGAGGACCACGCCGAGACGCACUUCCACCCUUACAUCGCCUACUGCUCCAAUGAGGUGUACCAGCAGCGAACCCUGCAGAAGCUGUCGAACGGCAACGCGGCCUUCCGAGAAGUGCUGAGGGAGAUCGAGAAGCGGCCUGCGUGUGGGGGCCUGCCCAUGAUCUCCUUCCUCAUACUCCCCAUGCAGAGGGUGACCAGGCUGCCACUCCUGACGGACACACUCUGCCUGAAGACGCAGGGCCAUCCUGAAAGGUAUAAAGCUGCCAGCCGCGCCCUCAAGGCUAUCAGCAAGCUGGUCAAACAGUGUAAUGAGGGAGCCCACAAAAUGGAGCGCACAGAGCAGAUGUACACACUGCACACGCAGCUGGACUUUGGUAAGGUCAAGUCCCUCCCGCUCAUCUCCGCCUCUCGCUGGCUGCUGAAGCGUGGUGAGCUCUUCCUCUUGGAGGAAUCCAGUAUCUUUAGAAAAAUUGCCAGCCGACCCACAUGCUACCUGUUUCUAUUCAACGACGUCCUGGUCGUCACCAAGAAGAAAAGUGAGGAAAGCUACCUGGUCCAAGACUACGCACAGCUAGACCACGUACAGGUCAAAAAGCUGGAGCCCUCGGAGCCCUCACUGCCAGGGACCAGCAGCCGCAGCUCCUCCGUGCCCCACCCCUUUCAAGUGAACCUGCUACGGAACAGUGAGGGCCGCCAGGAGCAGAUACUGCUGUCCUCCGACUCAGCGAGUGACCGGGCCCGGUGGAUCACAGCACUCACCUACAAGGAGAGACAAUGGCAGGGCCUCAGCAGCAAAGGAGAACUGCCCCAGGUGGAGGUCACCAAAGCAUACUUUGCCAAGCAGGCUGAUGAGAUCACACUGCAGCAGGCUGACGUCGUCCUGGUCCUGCAGGAAGAGGACGGCUGGCUACAUGGCGAGAGGCUUCGGGACGGAGAGACGGGCUGGUUCCCCGAGAGCUUUGCUCACUGCAUCACCAGCCGCGUGGCCGUGGAAGGCAAUGUGCGCAGAAUGGAGCGGCUACGGGUGGAGACAGACGUGUAGCCAGGACAGCUCAAGAGCCAAGCUAUGGUGGACACAGCCUCAGCCCUCCAACC